GAGCUGCGAUGUGAGUGCGCGCCAAUGGAUACCCGCUCCUCGGUCAAAGCUUGGCAAAAGCCCGCUCAUCUCGAUGAAGCCACGCGCCUGGUGGCGCUCGUUCGAGGGCGCUUUCCUCGCGAAGACCUUCCUGAGCACCGAGAAGAGAUCCGGCAGAAAUUCUUGAACGAGAAGCCAAUCCUCAACUUCCCCUUUCUCCCACCGCCCGUCGCUGAAGCCGACUCAGACUCGGAGGGCGUCAUCGAGAGCGCAGAGCCUCACUCCCGUCCCAAAUGCGCAACGCAACCGCUGAAUGUCGACCUGGGCCCGACAAUGCAGGCCGGGCAACGAAACAUGGCUGUCCCCCGCCGCGCCAAGGUCGACCGGUUCUGCUUCAAGGCCAUGCUGGCCGACAAGGCACUGCAAAGCUGCCGCAAUGCCCACCAACCCGACACCCGGGCUCCAAGAUCAGCCAAAGCAGUCUUCCAAGGCGAGCUCAAGACGAGCCCCAUCUCAAUCAAGCACGACACUUCAGAACCCUUGGCACUUGCUGACGACAUGGACCGAGCCAUCGAUCGCCUUGAUGCCGUGCACACGCGUGUCAUCGGGCAUUUGACAAAGCUCGAAGAUGUACGCCUCCUCGGCUUUGAAAGGGAAGGCGUCAAGGAACUGCGCGCUGCCGUACAGGCAGAGGUCAACCUCAAUGCCAAACGUGGCCGCCGCUCAAACAGUCUCCCCUCUUACUCCCUCGAAUCUUACAUGGCUGCGUAUGGCCUGCAUCCUCAGUACAAAACCAUGUCAAGCAAACCCAAGAGCGUUCAUCAGUUGCUCGCGGAUAUCUAAGCCCAACUCGAGCUCCACACACACACACACGCGCGCGCGCGCGCUCGCACCUUUUUGACUGACAGCUUCGCAACAUUUUUCCUUUCGGUCAAGACCAAGGCAUCUUCUGACUGCCUUCGCAUCAUUAACAGCCCAGCCCGUCGGGACUUGCAUUCGCCGCACACGGGUGAAUCGAUUUUCCAUUGUGUUUGUGCAUCAUCACUCCGAUGUGUUCCCAAGUGUCAAUUAAAAAAUAAACUUUUC